CGUCGGCACGCUGGCUCUUCUCACAUGUAAACCGCGCCGCGUAGUACGAGAUGGAGACAUGGCUCUGACAAUGAACCAAGCUGCCGUCGAUGUCGGCACUCAGCCUACAGAGAAAGCUGAUGAAGACGACAGAUCUGUGCCCAGAUCAGACAGCGGAAGCGGAGACGAUUCCCUGGACAGCCUUCUCAACUGCCCUUUGACAUCCUCUCUGUCGCCGCGGAAACGGACGACCAGCCAGAGCAAGACCGAGCCCCCCCUGCUGAGGACCAAUAAGAGGACGAUCUACACGGCCGGGCGCCCGCCCUGGUACAACGUCACCGGCACCACCUUCAAAGAGGCCUUCGUCAUCGGCUUGUGUGGAGGAAGUGCUUCUGGGAAGACCACCGUAGCCAAUAAGAUCAUAGAAGCCCUCGAUGUUCCCUGGGUGGUUCUGCUCUCCAUGGACUCCUUCUACAAGGUCCUGACCAGAGAGGAGCAGGAGUUGGCCUCGAGGAACGAGUAUAACUUUGACCACCCGGAGGCGUUUGACUUUGAGCUGCUGGUGACGGUGUUGAGGAAGCUGAAGAAGGGCAAGAGCGUGAAAGUUCCCGUCUACGACUUCACCUCCCACUGCCGGCGCAAAGACUGGAAAACUGUGUAUGGAGCCAAUGUUGUCAUCUUUGAGGGGAUUCUGGCUUUUGCCAACAAAGAGCUUCUGAAGCUGCUGGACAUGAAGGUGUUUGUGGACACAGACUCAGACAUCCGUCUGGUAAGGCGUUUGAAGAGGGACAUUUCGGAGCGCGGCCGAGACAUCAACGGGGUCAUCAAGCAGUACAACAAGUUUGUGAAGCCGGCGUUUGAGCAGUACAUAGAACCCACAGUACCAGUGGCUGACAUUGUGGUGCCCAGAGGGGGAGAGAACUUUGUAGCGUUGGACCUGAUUGUGCAGCAUGUCCACAGCCAGCUGGAGAAGAGGAAACAGCGCUGGGACAUGUCGGCCCUGGCCUCGGCCCACCAGGGGCAGCCUCUCCCAGAGACCCUCAGUGUCAUGGAGAGCACACCUCAGGUCCGGGGGAUGCACACCAUCAUCAGGAACAAGGAUACGAAUCGUGACGAGUUCAUCUUUUACUCCAAGAGACUAAUGAGACUUCUGAUUGAACACGCUCUCUCUUUCUUGCCCCUCAAGCCUGUGUCGGUGGAGACCCCCCAGGGUGCCUUCUACGAGGGGAAGAGGCUCAGUGGCCAGAGAAUCACAGGUGUGUCCAUCCUCAGGGCAGGAGAGACCAUGGAGCAGGCUCUCAUGGCUGUGUGUAAAGACAUACGGCUGGGGAAGAUCCUCAUACAGACCAACCAUGAUACUGGAGAACCAGAGCUGCACUACCUCCGGCUGCCCCGGGACAUCAGUGAGGACUAUGUGAUCCUGAUGGAUAGCACUGUGUCCACCGGAGCAGCUGCUCUCAUGGCUGUCAGGGUGCUGCUGGACCAUGAUGUCCAGGAGGAGAAGAUCUUCCUGCUGUCUCUGCUCAUGGCUGAGAUGGGCGUCCACUCCGUGGCCUACGCCUUCCCCAGGGUCCGCAUCAUCACCACGGCCGUCGACAAGAAGGUCAACGACCAGUUCCAUAUCAUCCCUGGCAUCGGUAAUUUUGGGGACCGCUACUUUGGUACAGACGCACCUUCAGACUGGUACGAGAGUGAUGAAGGGAUGGACUACUGAAGGAUGGAGGAGAGGAAAGAUGGAGGGAUUGAAGAAAAAAGGGUGUUUCAUUAUACAAGCACUUUGCCAUGUCUGCUACUGAAACCUUGUCUACCUUCCCUCACCCUCCUGCCCUCUCCUCCCCCCUCUCCUCCCCCCUCUCCUCCCCCCUCACCCUCCUGCCCUCCCCCCUCUCCUCCCCCCUCACUCUCCUGCCCUCCCCCCUCUCUUCCCCCCUCCCCAUCAGUGACACCUGCAGAGAGAGACAGAGAAAGAGAAAGAUGAAAAAUGUGUGUGGGAGCGUCUGGUACUGUUACGCAAUUUGUUGCCAGUUUUCCCAUGUAACCAUGGAGAGACCACGGUGACUAGGUCCUAAACAAGGUAACCAUAAUAACCAGGUCCUAUAGUGUUAAGCACUGUAACCAUGGUGACAAGGUCUUACCAUGUUAAAACGCAGGGAGAUUGAAGGCUGUUCAUCACUGAACAUGUGGUCUAGCUCCGGUCUGGUGUGACAGUGGGAUUUUAGGUUGGUAGUUUAAGAUCGACAUAAUGAAUACUAGACCUUUUUCAAAUAUAUAAAUGGGCUUCCUUAUUAUCUCACUGCUUUUGACACCAUCAGUAGUUUGCUGCUGCAAAGCGUCCAUCUGUCAGCUCGCGUGUGAUCACUGAAAACCACCUAGAGGAGUGUGGAGUAUUGAGACGGGCCCACAGAGGACUGUGGAGUAUUGAGACGGGCCCAGAGAGGACUGUGGAGUAUUGAGACGGGCCCACAGAGGACUGUGGAGUAUUGAGACGGGCCCACAGAGGACUGUGGAGUAUUGAGACGGGCCCACAGAGGAGGCCCACAGGGUUUCACAGAUCCUAGGGUGUCUUAGCUGAGGGGGGAAGACUCGGGCAGUAUUUACUAAUAAAGGGAUAUCUUUGCCAUCUUUGUGUGGUAAAAGAAUGUAGACUUGAAUCUGGGCGAUGAAAGGAGGCGCCUCCAUGUAUUAAUGACUUUGCUGACAUUUCUCUGGAUGAUAUACUUGAAUGCUUUUAUUUUCCACUGUAAAUUAUUUCCUUGCCAAUGUCGAAAGAGUAGAUGUUUAUUACAGUCUUCAAAUGUAAAUGAAAAUGUGACGACCGGUACUUCUAUAGAAAUAACUUUCAACGUUUACAACAUAUUGGUUUAGUUUAGACCCGGAAGAAAAACCGCCUUAUUGGAAUUUCUUUGAGUGCUUUUCGGUAAAGUACGGGGCUAACCCGCGGCAUCGUCAGACUCUAGAACUGUCUUUUGUUUCUUACUGGAACUGCACAUGAUCAUUUGGUUACAUUGUCUAAAACGGCUCAGUUACAUUUAAGAUUGGUCUCAAAACUAAAACGUUGUGUCGGUGUGGGUGGGCAAGAUGGUAUAUAAAACAAAUCAGCUUAUAACCCUUAUUCCCAGAUGCAACUUUACACACACAAUACAUAAACAUUUCCAUGUUACAAUUUUAUGUUGAAACAAUAAAAUAAUAUAAACUGAAAUGUUUCGUUU